CACGCAUUUAUAUUUGUGAUUGGUACAUAUCAAAUCGAGCCUUUGGGAGCGUGGGGUUGUCGGGUAGUGUCUCUGUACUUUCUCCCGUCAUUUAUAAAGUUUGGCUCGUAUUUGCCGCUCAUUCAGUUGUUCCCUUCAAUACGUGCCGAAAGCCGAAACAUUAUCCAGCAAGUAUCGCAAACAAUCAGAAGUUACUUGUUUGAAGAGUUUCUAAAGAAGCGAAUUAUAUUUGCUAACUGCUAACACCGAAUUGAACAAAACGUAAGGACAUCCGAUAUCCUUUGCAUUAAUCGGGGGUUGAAAUCAGCAUAAUUUUGGGAUAUGCAGCGCCAAAAUGACUUCUGGUUUGCGAGCUUUUUUAUCGCAAUUCUUAUACAGGCUUGCUUGCUGGUAGUCGUAAGCACCAAGGAUGCAGCAACGACGAAGAAAAACAUUCCAUUGCAAGCAGAAAAGAAGGAAGACAAGCUCUCGGAUUUAGAAGGUUCAGAAACUUCAUAUUUCGGCCCGUUUCACAAAAAUAUCUUCAGCAAUUAUCAUCCUACUGUUUACUAUUCGACAAACCCAUUGUCAUAUUUUCCGCCUUCGUCAAAUUUCCCGACAUCCACCCAAAACGCGACCGAUAGCAUUCAUCAACAAAUCAAAUGCGGCGAUACUUUUCCCCAAGGCUGUCAGCACUCGCGAUAUCGAAGCUACGACGGUUCCUGCAAUAAUCUUAGAAAUCCCACGUGGGGUCUGGCCAACACAAGAUACGGAAGACUCGUACGUCCACGUUACGCCGAUGGAAUUCGAGCGCCAACGAGCUCCAUCACCGGUGAGGAGCUGCCACUGGCUCGAACCGUCAGUUUCACGUUGUUCCCUAACGUCAAAGUCGAAGACAGGAUAUGGACCCUGGUGGCGAUGCAAUACGGGCAGAUUAUAACGCAUGACAUGGGCCUGAUCGACGGCACGACUCAAUCAAAACCACAUGGUACGCGAUGUUGCACCAACGGUCAGCUGACACCGGGCUGGAUGAUGAAGUCCAAGUGCUACCCGAUAAUCAUACCUGAUGAUGACCCAGUGUACAGCAAGACGCCCAUGCAGUGCAUGAACUUUGUCCGUAGUACGACCGACCUUGAUCGUGGCUGUUCGUCUUCGUAUAAGCCGGCAGAACAGCUGAACACCGUCAGUCAGUAUUUGGACCUUUCGCUUGUCUACGGGUCCAAUGAUGAGGUCGCGGCUAGUUUGCGAGCUGGUUUCGGUGGACGAUUAAAUGUGGAGUUGAAAAAUAACAGGGAAUUUCCACCAUCGGCAUCUAAUAAAUCCGCCACUUGCGACACGAUAUAUGAAUUCGAGACAUGCUACGUUGCCGGUGAUUCGCGAGUGAAUCAGAAUCCUCAACUGACGAUUCUACAAAUUAUAUUGCUCAGGGAACACAAUCGCGUUGCCGAUUAUCUGGCGCAGUUGAAUCCUUCCUGGUCCGAUGAAACGAUAUUUCAAGAAACACGUCGAAUCGUAAUUGCUGAACAUCAAAAUAUUGUAUAUUACGAAUGGCUGCCGAUUUUCUUAGGUAAUGCACAAGUCUAUCAGAACAAAAUCGUGUAUGAUACUAAGGAUUACGUAAAUGAUUACGACGAAACGGUCAUUACUAACACUUUAAACGAACAUGCAAAUGCAGCUUUUAGAUAUUUCCAUACGAAUAUUGUUGGCCAUCUUAACUUAGUGCCGGAAAGUCGACAAUAUUCCUCUUUCACUAGUCUGAGAUUGAGUGAUCACUUCAACAGACCUGCUAUCAUAGAAAGGGGCAACAAUUUGGACGAUUUAACUAGAGGUUUGGCUUAUCAACCGCAAAGUAAUACGGAUGAGUUUUUCGACAAAGAGAUCACACAAUUCUUCUUCCGAAGAGGAAGACCCCUCGGGUCUGAUUUGCGAGCGAUAGACAUACAAAGGGAUCGCGAUCACGGACUCGCUUCCUACAACGAUUAUCGCGAAUACUGCGGAUUAUCACGAGCGAAAAUUUUUGAGGAUUUUAACGAUCUUAUAUCUGCUUCGAACAUACAAAAACUUUCCUUAUUGUACGCUAGUCCGGAUGACGUCGAAUUGACUGUCGGCGGGGCUUUGGAAAGACACGUGAGCGGAACGCUGGCGGGUCCAACGUUUCUGUGCAUCAUGUUGAGACAGUUUCAACAAACCCGAAUUGGUGAUCGCUACUGGUUCGAGACCGGAGAUCCAAAGAUAGCAUUUACGUUAGAACAAUUGAACGAGUUGCGUAAGUCAAGUAUAUCUCGACUAUUCUGCGAUAAUGGAGACAAUAUCCAGAAUAUGCAAAGAUUCGGAUUCGCCCAAGUCUCCAAGGAGAAUCCACUUCGGAGAUGCAGUGACCUCCCACAAGUAGAUCUCUCUUAUUGGAAGGAUUAUAGUUCAGAGACUCACGCAUAUCAAAGCAUUGCACCGUCAUAUAAAAAGAAAUGAGUAAAUUUGAGGUAAAAAGCUGAACUUCUGGUUCCAACAAAUUACAUUACAAAGAUACCAAAUGAUUUAUGUUUGCUCUCGCUCAAAUAGAAAUAGAAAUAGAAAUCAAAUUUGAUUCGAAAUGCAAUGUUUAAAAUGUUUAAAACUAAUCUUUAAAAUUGAAAAUCUCCUGAAAUGAUUAGUCUUGAAAUAUAAAAAUUGCUUUCUCAAAAUUUAUUGAAAUUCGGAGAGUAUUCUUGAGAAGCAUAUAAGUCCAUCAUACAAAAUAUUUUUCUCUUAAUUC